AUGUCCGACAACAACAACGCACCACAGAUGUACGCCACACCCGCCAAGAAGCCAGUGCGCUCUCACACAGCCGACGUCGUGGCUCCAUUGCCCACCGUCUCUGCCUCCUUGAACGGUGGCGACCUCUUCCGCACCAAGCAGCGCCAGAUCGACGAGGCUCGCGCCAACAACGACGCGCAGCAGACCUUCGCGCAGCACCAGUCCGAGUUUGAGCAGUCGCGCGACACGCUGCUCGGCGCCAUCGACAACACCAGCCACCUGCUCGCAGACCUCCGCGACUUCAACAAGAACAAGCGUAUCAUCCACUACGCCACCGCCGACGAUGAGAAUGCACAAAAGCCUGGACCGUCGCGUCCGCAGCUCGGCCAGCACAGGCGCACCCAGUCCAAUGCGCUCUCUCACAGCCCCGAGGAGGCAGACGCACACCCGUCUUCCAGCUCCUCUUCCACAGACUCUACACCGCGUCGAGCACCUCCUGCGUUAAUGCGCGCUUACACCACUCAGCCCGCAGCGCACGCCAGCCUGCCCAACACACCCGCACGCCACACCACCACCGCUCACCACGACGACGACCAAGACUCGGACGAGUCCACGGACAUGUCGGUGCUCAAGCUCGACCUCCGCGUCGGCUCCGUAGCUGCCGAUCCCCACGCACUCGUUCGCUCGCUCGAACGCUCCUCCGUUGCCCAGCUUCUGGACGGACGCAUGGAAAAGUCGGAGCGUCAUCUGGAGAACCUCAAGCAGCGUCUCACCGACACCCAGUCCAAGGUGCUCGUCACCGGUGACCUCAACGCAGGCAAGUCGACGUUUGUCAACGCGCUGCUGCGUCGUCCGCUCAUGCCCAUCGACCAGCAGCCGUGCACGACCGUCUUCUGCGAGGUGCUCGACGCCUCGGAAAGCAACAACGACGUCGAGGAGGUGCACAUGCUCAAGCACGGCGUCAAGUACUCGGCGCGCGACCCCUCCACCUUCACGCGCCACACGCUCGACGACAUUGAGCAGAUCGUGGCCGAGGCCGAGGAGAUGUCGCCCGAAGACGCGCCCAUCCUCAAGUGCUAUGCGCGCGACACGCGUGCCACCCAGGACUCGCUGCUCAAGAACGGCAUCGUGGACAUUGCGCUCAUCGACGCGCCCGGCCUCAACCGCGACAGCCUCAAGACCACCGCGCUGUUUGCGCGCCAGGAGGAGAUCGACGUGGUGGUGUUUGUGGUGAGCGCAGAGAACCACUUUACGCUCUCGGCCAAGGAGUUCCUGUGGAAUGCGUCGCACGACAAGGCGUUCGUGUUCAUCGUGGUGAACAAGUUCGAGUCCAUCAAGAACAAGGACAAGUGCCGCAAGCUCGUGCUCGACCAGAUCCGUCAGCUCAGCCCGCGCACUUACGACGACGCCGCCAACCUGGUCCACUUUGUCGAUUCGCAGGCCGUGUUUGGCGCCGAGGUGGACGACGCCGAGGCUGGCGCGGCACCGGACACGCCGUCGGAGGAGCUCGGGCUCAAGGUGCAGGGCGGUGCUUUGAGCGUCGAGACACGCAGCGCGCAGAGCCUGCAGGCGUUUGCGCGUCUGGAGGCGGCGCUGCGCGACUUUGUGCUGCUGAAGCGCGCCAAGUCGAAGCUGCUGCCAUCCAAGACGUACAUGGUGCGCCUGCUGUCGGACAUUGCGUUCCUCGCCAAGAUCAACACGCAGGUGGCGCAGAUCGAGUUGGCCGAGGCGAUCAAGGCGCUCGAGGUGGCGCGUCCGGAGCUGGCGAGGUGCCAGGCGUCGCAGCACAAGCUGGAGAGCGUGGUGGAGAGCGAGGAGGACGAGGCGGUGACGGCGGUCAUGCAGGAGGCGCAGCGCAAGCUCAGCUCGGCCAUCGACCUCAUUGGCAACGGCAAGCCUGCGGUGGAGGCGGUGACGCUGCCCGCCUACCCGGGUCUGUUCAAUGUGUGGGAGUAUGCGCAGGAGGUGCGUCAUGCGCUCACGUCGUCGCUCGAGCUGGCGCUGCGCUCGGUGGAGGAUACGGCGCGCGGCACGGCGGCGCAGGCGGUGGACCGCGUGCAGAAGCUCGGACUGGCGCAUCUGCCGCAGGACGAGGCGGAGACGCGCACGCGCAUCUUCAACCCGGACGCCAUGUUUGCCAAGCGCCGUGCGAUGCCGGGCCUGGUGGGGCUCGGAUUGGGUGCUGAAGUGGUGGCGGUGCAGCCGAGCGACUUUUUGGACGUCUACCACCACUUUGUCGUGGUGACGGGCGGCAAGCUCACGCACGACAAGCGCACCAAGGACGGCAGCAGCAGCAGCAGCGACGACGAGAUGAGCCUGGUGUCGCCCGUGUCGCUGGGACUGGGAGCGCUGACGCUGAUGGGGAGCAAGGCGCUGGGCGCCAAGACGGCGAUCGAUGCGUUUGUGCGCGUUUCGGAUCUGGUGGGCAACCCGACGGCGCGUCGAUGGGCGGCGCCGGUGCUGGCGGUGGUGUCGACGGGACUGGUGGUGUACUUUAUCUACGACCUGCCCAACAGCGUGCCUCGCAACAUUGGUCGCAACAUCAAGAACGGUCUGGCCUCGGGCAGCCUUGUGCGCGGCAAUGGAAGCAGCAGCACUAGCAGCAGCGGUGGCGACGAGCAGCGCGGCGAAGAGGUGUCGUUUGGUGCGGUGCACUCUGCGCGUGUGGGACGCGAGACGCGCAAGGUGCUGCGUCUGGCCUCGUGGGAUCUGCAGGAGCGCUUCCGCGUUGCGAUCGCCCAGCGCCGCGCCGAGGUGGAGAAGCAGGAGGCCAAGCAGGCGUCGGCCAACCUGGCCAUCGAGUGGUUCGACACGACGACGGCGCGCGUGGGCGAGAUCAAGUCUACGGUCGACCACGUCAAGGGCCUCGAGGCUUGA